AUGAUAUUAAUACUGUAUUCAUAUUUAAAAAAUGUAAAAAUUGAAUCGGGUACAAAAUUCACAGUGUAUAAUAAUACGUACACCCUAACGAAGAAAGGUGUCAACUUUUUUCGAAAGUUACCACAAGCAGGUUUAUCAUUGAUUAAUCUGGUUAAUUUUAUGAAUAGUUCCGAAGGGAAAGAUAAAAUGACAGUAAUAUCAAUUAAAAAUUUUCAAUUAUGCUUAGGGAGUAUAUUGGCAGAUGUACAAAGCAUUAACCAAAAUUAUGAUGGUAUAGCAGCUACCUUUACACAGUUUGAUAAAGAUCAAUCUUAUAUUAAAUUAUUGGAUAAAGCACGCGGAUGUACUGCUAAAUGUCCAUGCUGUCUUCGUGCCUGUGAUGCUGAUCACAGUUUAGUGAAACUCAGUCCUGGUCUAUUACCUGAUUUUCUCCAAAAAUUACGUAUUAAUAAUCGAUAA